CCCUCAGCCGUCCAUCGGCUCAGCCCCAUCUUUCUGUCUUUCACACCGUCACGAUGGAUCCUGGAGACUAGACUAUCUUUGCCCCCCUGAUCCAGGAACAGGUAUCGGAUCUGCGAACUAGACACCUGAGAUUGCAAAUUAUUUCCUUACUUCUUUGCCCCUCCGGACCAAUCUUGUUUCUCUUCCAUUCCCUUUUUCCCUCUUCUCCCCCUCCUUUGUCUCCAAUGGGCAUAUAUCGUGAAGGCAAAUUCGGGCUCACAUGAGCACGUGAGCAUCUCAAUGCUAUCGUCAAUCCAUAGGUCACUACUCUCUUUCAACUCUAUCUAUCCAAUCCCUAUAAGGUUUUGAUCCACCACCUGUUGGACUCUGACCGUCCCCCGCUCCCUAUUUACUCCUUACCUUUUCUCGAUUCUCAAAGCCUCCCUACCUAGCUUUCUUGUUGGAAGUAUACCUCCUGUCAGCAGCCAGAAAGCGCAUUACACACAAUCACAGGAUUACUUUCUCGCAAUUUAGGGGCUCAGCAUUGCCAUGCAGAUAGCCUCGCGCCCCUACGCCUAAUCGAAUAUGGUGGCUCUGAAACGGUUCUUCCAUGCGGAUAAAGGCAUAUCAAUAUGUUCUACAGGGGAGCGGGAUGUUGGGCCCGAGAGCCCGCUAGCAUGCAACCAGUUCCAACCGUUGGCCUACAAGACUCCGCAACCCAUGGAAGCAAGAAGUGAUUUUCAACAGAUUGAAAAACAGUUCGAAGUUCUACAUGAUCAAUUUCAGACGCGGCCAAUGUCGCCGACGAGACUGCCAACAGCCUCUUCUCGCUCUUCGACUCGUCCUACGGAACGGACACCCCGUCAUGUCGAUCUUCUCGAUGCCUUGUUCUCUUCCCAUCGGUAUCAGAUGCAGCCUACCAGGAAUAUGUCUCCGAUCACCCCUUAUAAUGAAGACAUUGCCGAACGAAACAUGACCCGUUUCCUCCAAAAACCGCCCCGCAAAAAGAAUCUAUACUCGCGAUUAUUAUCCGUCCUACAUCAAGAAGAUGCGUCCGACAGAAACCUUACCAAGGGACGGCACCAUACAAGUCCGUUGUCUCGCAGUAAGAGCUCUCAAACACAGAGCCGUAACCUACAGACUAGCUACUCGGGACAUCUCGCAACGGAGACAAACAGUCGGCGGCGUUCUCGAACAAGGGAAGGCCAAACAACCAACCAAGAUACCCAAUCCAUUUACCUCAACGUCCCUGUCUCGGAACAAAGAGCAAAUGCAAGGGACGCGGGCGUCGGGAGACCCCCACUUCGGCCUCAAAAGUCAGCGCCAAAUUUAUCAGCCCCAGAUACUGCUUCUGUACAAAACCCUCAACCGAGCUCUGGGGCUGGCUUGCUUGGUGUUCCUGCUCCCUAUAAACGGGGCAGCACGUGGAGCAUCAUGCCUUUCCCGGACAGUCCAACGUUGCCUAUCGAGACGAGGCGUGGUGCGAGCAUGAAACAAAGUAAACCUACGCGGGAAACAUCAUCCAAUUCGGAUUCCAGCCCAGAACCUCAGGUGAGGUCGCGCAAUCGCGCGCCAUCAUUUUCCACAAGGCCUGGUGUAAAGAAGAAUGUUAGGGAUCUUUCUAUCGAUACGGAAUUGGCUUCGCAAAAAAAGUCCGUUACGAAGAUAACGCACCGCUCCAUACAGCCGCCGACCCCGAGCUCCUUAGAAACGAAGCAAAACCCUAGCAUCGCAGAGAUUAUGAAUAGUCCUCUGCUAGCAUCAACUCCAACACCAAUCUCCGCUUUACCAUCUGCUAACCAAAAGGUUGCGGAGAUCAUGGACAUGUUCAAACAAGCGUACACCUCUACCCACGCCAUCACGCCACACCCUACCUUCGAAACUCUGCAGGAUGCUAUCGUCCGGGAGAUCAACUCCCACGAAGCCUUUCGCCGUGUGCCUGUUCCAGAACCUGGUCCUCCCUUUACUCCCUCUCCUUAUCAGGAUUCGUUCGACAGAAGCUUCAGCAGCGGAGGUUCCUCCCAAUCGAGCAUGGACCGGGCUCAUUCCCUAAAAGACAGCCAACUCUCCAAGUUGAUCCAAAAGAGCUCCUUCAAGAGACACCGAAGAGGCUCAGAGCUGCACCAGAGUAUCUCCACAAGCGUCCCCUCUCUUAUGUCCCGACGAACCUCUGAGUCUAGCGGUCGACGCAGACACACCGACGCUCCUCCCCCUUCUCCAGGAUUCUUCGACACAUUAGACCCUAGUCAUCAGGGAAUUAGCGCCAAGCAGUCCGAAGAGCAAAUAACCUACAUGGACUUGCUACACCGAACACAGAAGCCACCUACUGGGACCCGGUCACGGAAAGCCUCAGGAGCGAGUCGCAACCUUGGACAGGCCCAACAACCCAUUGGCUCUAUGUCCAACGGCAUGUCCGAAACCUUGCAUAAAACCCCUUCCGUCUUUUACAUGCGCGCGCAAACCUCACCCUCUCUGAACAGCAACCGCCCCAGGUUCCCAGCUGACGAUAGCGACGAUGAAGAAGUCAUUCAAUUACCCAGUAUCGAAAGCCCACAGCUUCAGAUCCACGGUGUCGACGAGAACAAUGUCGUCUUCGUUGCUGAAAAUACAACCCCGCGAACUGCAUAUAAGCUGAUGAACUGGCCGCGAAACUCCGGUCGAAGCGUCAGCCUCAAAGGUUCUGCCACUGCAGGUUCAGAGGCCAGCUCAUCUACGAGACGCAUACCUCUCGUUCGGAAUACGCGCUCGGUUGAGACCUAUUGAUCCAAGGAUCAACUUUACUUUGCAUUCAAGAAGCCCCAUUUGGACCUCUCAAAAACCUCAUUUCCAUCCUCUUUCUCUCUCUCUUUGCAUAGGUGAUCAAUAUGGUUAUUGACCAUCCCAUCGUUGCUUUUUUAGUAACCAGUCAUCCUCCACAUACCUCCUUUUCCUUGUGUCUUAUCACCAUCAUCAUCGACGCUUCCAGCGCAGCCUUUCCUUUUUCAAACCUUUCACUCUUCACAGACAUUCACUCACUCACUACCAAUCUUUCCCAUUUCCUUUUUUCCUACCUUCCUACCUUCCACACCUCCUUCGUUCAUUGGGGCUUCUUGACCUUUUCUUUUUUUCUUUUUCUUCAAUUAUCUACAUUGCAUGCAUGCAUUUCGGUUUUCCUGUUAUUAGCCAGCUUACUUAGCGAUUUUCGGUGACUU